UUUUUUCAUUUUCUCCUUCCGGCCACUCAUGAUCACACUGAAGUUGGCUGUCACAUGUCACACCACCACCUUCAAUGCACCCACCAUUAUUACUAGCUACCAGUAGCAGCUCUUAUCAAACCCUUCCAGCUAUCAAGUAGCUACUAGCCAGCUAACUAGCUGGUAGAAGGACCAUUUUAAAAACAGACAUGAUGACGGCGACAGAUAAAGAUAACGACGACAGAAUACGACGAGAUUCCGUCAGUGUGGUCGACUAUUCUCAUCAACCCGAUCCUGCUCAUGGGAGUUCCAACAUCACUGUGGCAACCUUUAAUCUGGUAGCCACCAUUGUCGGCGGUGGAGUCUUGAGUCUUCCAUUUGCCUUUUCCAAAUGCGGGGGAGCACUCUAUGGCUUGGCGUGGAUGCUACUGGCUGCCAUUUGUACCGAUCAAUCCUGUGUCUGGCUCUGUUGGUGUGCCCGACCUGUCAUUACCACCACCAGUGAUGAUCCAGAUUUACAACACAGACUCAUGUUGUCAUCUUAUGGACAAGUGGGAAAGGCUGCUUUUGGGGAUAUUCUCGAAGUUGCCAUUAGUGCCCUACUAUUUGUAUUUUUGGUAUUUGUCCUCAUUGCCUACAUGGUACUGGUCAAGGACAUUUGGACUCCUCUGAUAAUAAGACUAUUUCUGCACAGCCAACAAACAGAUAUUCAAUCAGCAACAGUAUCACAAGCUCAACGAGAUGCCUACUGGGGUCCUUACGUACUCUUGGCCAUUGUCCUAUUCAUGACACCCUUCCUGGUACAGCGAACACUCCACGCGCUACGAUUCAACUGCUACAUUGGGUUUGCCUCUGUCUCGAUACUUUGCAUUGCAUUGGUACAGCAUGCACUCCAACAAGAAACAUCCAGCACACACAAUAAUAUACUCCUCACAAGAGACUUUUGGACCAGGCCACCAGAAUCGGCGCGAGAUGUCAUCAUUGCCUUUCCCAUCAUCAUGUUGAGUUACCUGUGCCAUUUCAAUGUCAAUCCAGUACAAAAGGCGCUCGUCGAUCCAACACCCGCACGGGUGCAUCAGGUCAUUCAUGGAGCCAUGCUCGCUUGUGGUGUGCUCAUGACUGUUUUUGGAAUUGCCGGUUAUGCCUAUGUUCUGGGGGCGGAUAACGCCGAGAAUGCCGUCGUGCAAGGCAAUAUCCUACUCAACUGCGAAGAACAGCAAGAACGGAUCGGGCAAGUCGAUGUCAUAUUACUGUUGGGUCGACUGGGGUGUGGAACCACCAUUAUGCUGGCCAUGGCCAUGAUGCUGCUGCCCUGUCGAGAUUCACUUUUGGAAGUCUUGGAUAUUUUCUUUUUUAGAAACGACAAUCCGCCGACAGCCGACAAUAAUACGAAUAAGGACCACCCCCAUGAAAUGUCCCCAUUGGUAUUCCCGGACAACGACUGUAGCAAAACACCCCCACCAUCUCUGUCCGACAAUGAAUGGGUUCACUACACGGCAACAGUUCUCAUCGUGGCGGUCUGUUACGUUACUGCCGUGAAAGUUCCCGGCGUGCAAAUUGUUUGGAGUUUGUGUGGAUCUUCCAUGGCGUUUACUAUUGCCUUUAUACUCCCGGCAGCAUGCUAUUUGCAAAUGAUACAUCGGCGAGAAGCAGAACAGCAAGAACCUAUGGUGUCGUUGCCGUCCAAGAUACUGGCAUGGAUUGUACUGAUUGUUUCCAUUCUGGCUGCCAUCGUCUGCACCAUUCAAACCAUACAAUCCAUUUGAGGAAAACAAAGGCGAUGAUUGAUUCGAUCAUCAUUGAUUAGUAUUUGAGCCUUUUCUCUUGCUGGAUUGCUCGUUGGCUGGCAGAAGGGAAUAAUCGAGAACACAGAGCUUGCCAACCAACAGUCUACCAGCAUCCAUGUGUUCGCCUGUACAAUGGACCACCAGAUUAAACCCACAAUUUGAAAUCGUGGCGACGAGCCUCUCUGACCACAUCGAUACAGGGACAUGUUGCGAGCUACUUUCAAAGCAGUUAACGUAACAAGGUUUACUGGUGCCAUCGCAUGAUUGAGUAGCAUAGCACAUUGGUCCACGCUACCGUACUGCGUAACAUAGUGGCCGCACUUUUAUUUUUAAGCAUUAAUAGCUAGAUGCUCACAUCAAAGUCUUCUGAACCUGGACAGCCAUUCUCAUGCAGAUAUUUCAUUACUUCCACUUGGUCCUUUGCAGCAGCAACACGGCUUAUCCAUGUAUCCCAUGGGCAUCCACUAUGGUGGGCAUACUCUAGUAUUUUCAAGUGGCCAUUUCUAGCAGCAUUCUGGCAAGUCGAUGUAUCCCAUGGGCAUCCACUUUCAUGGGCGUACUUCAAUAUUUCCAAAUGGCCAUUUGUCGCAGCAUUCUUGCAUGUGCUUUCAUCCAUUGACACCCAUUUUCAUGGGCAUAUUUGAGGCAAUCCAAAGCCAUUCAGCGCAGCAUAGCUGCAAGUAGAUUCAUCCCACUGACAGCCAUUCUCAUGGGCAUACUUCAAGACUUCAAAGUGGCCAUGUGCAGCAGCUUGACGGCAUGUAGCUGAUUCCAUGGACAACCAUGCGAACGAGCGUACUUGAGGAUCUCCAAAUGCCCCUGCUCAGCGGCAUUCGCACACGUCCGAAGGUUCCAUGGGCAACCAUUUCCAUGGGCGUAUUUCAAGAUUUCCAGAUUUCCAGCACUGGCAGCACCUCUGCAUACCAAUUCGUUCCAUGGACAGCCAUUUUCAUGGAUUUGAGGAAUCCAUGACCAUUUUUAGCAGCACUCUCACAUGUCCCGGCAUCCCAUGGACAGUUGUUGUCUCGGGCCCAUUGCAGUAUUACUAGAUGUCCACCCUCGGCUGCUGCUGCACAUGUUUUGGCAUUCCAUGGACAUCCCUUUUCACAAGCAUAUUUCAGGACAUCCAGAUGGCCAUUUUUGGCAGCCCAUGCACAUGUCCCUGCUUCCCAUCGGCAUCCAUUUUCAUGAGCAAAUUGGAGAAUUUCCAGAUGGCCCCUAGCAGCAGCACCGUGGCAUGUAAAAUAAUCCCAGGGGCAUCCAUUUUUACGCAACCAUUUGAGCACUUCCAAAUGACCAUGCCCGGCAGCAUUGGCACAAGCCCAUGAAUUCCAGGGGCAUCCAUUUUCAUGUGCCCAUUUGAGCAAAUCCAGAUGGCCACCUUGAGCAGCAAAAGCACAUGUUUCAUGACCCCAUGGAUAUCCUCUCUCUCGAGCCCACUGGAUAACAGCAAGAGUCCCAACGGUGGCAAUUGCCUGACAGACAUAGUCCUUCCGUGGAGUUUUCUCUUUUGAAGUAUCUGAUUCCCAGUAUUCAGCAGUUGCAACAUUACAGAAGACGGCACUAUAGUAUGUAUCAGUGCUGGCUGCUGGGCUUGUUUUUGCCUCAACGAUACCAGUCUGAUGACCCAUCUUAGCCUUAGCGGGAUUCUCCUCACUGUCAGCAUAAUUUUUGUAGAGGUGAUUGAAUUGUUUGUUGACAGCUCCCACAAAGGCGCAGAGUCCCAUUCCUACAAAAGGAAAUAUCCAGCCAACCCAGAUAUCCUUUCGAUUUUAAAAAGAAAGCAUCGUUAGUGGACGCCAUGACAACACAAAGAAAAAGAAGAAUGCUGGUGAGAAA